AUGACAACUGCAGGUGAUGAAAGCGCAUUAUCACGGGAAUUGUUCAAAAAUGUGCGAGUUUAUUGUUGGAUAAUGACUUCCACGAAUAAUACUCGCAAGAAGGCUGUAAACGUUAACGCGACAUGGGCAAAUCGUUGCAACAAACACGUUUUUAUGACUGCUGCACAGGUCGAUGGUUUGCCAACAGUGGAUUUGAAUGUGACCGAAGGACGAGAGUACUUGUGGAUGAAAACCAAAGAGGCCUUCAAACAUAUUUAUAAUAAUGAACUUCACGACUACGAUUGGUUUCUAAAAGCUGACGAUGAUACGUUCGUGAUAAUGGAGAAUCUUCGAUUCAUGUUGCUGGCUUAUUCAGCAGACGAUCCGAUUUACUUUGGAUGCAAAUUCAAAGCGUUUCUAUCGCAAGGCUACAUGAGUGGUGGUGCCGGUUACGUGUUGAGUCGGGAAGCAGUGAAGCGUUUUGUGGAAGACGCACUCCCGGAUCCACGAAAAUGCAAAGCAAAAAAUACGGGUGCCGAGGACGUCGAGCUCGGCAAAUGUCUGCAGAACGUGGCUGUCAUUGCGGGUGAUUCUCGUGAUUCGCAGAAUCGUCAUCGUAUGCUACCGUUCUCUCCACAAUCACAUGUUGCAUCCAAUCAUACACAACCGAAAUGGUUCUACAAAUACAUGUAUUAUUCAUACAAACAGGGAACGGAAUGCUGCAGUGAUUAUGUUAUAUCAUUUCACUAUGUGAAUGCACCGAUGAUGUACGCACUGAAUUAUAUCAUUUACCAUGUGAGGGCAUUCGGACUGGUUAUUGGUGAUUUUUUGGACGAUCAGACGGACGACGCAGCAGCAGACCAAAUGUCCUUACUUGAACGUGCAAAGCAAAAAGCCAUUCGCUACUCGAAACCGUUACCGAAGCUCGUAACCGUUGAAGAGCCAGAGGCGGCUGAGUUGAGGUCAAUGGAGGAAAAAAUGAAGAAAAAAACAUAG